UGAUCAGAAAGUAGUGCGACAGACUUCUUCCGCCAUUGUCGGCAUAGUUGAUGGACUGACGACUCGUUGGAUUACAGAUGUAUAUUUCUCAUGUUAAUCUGGGAAUUAUUGUGCGGUUUGCUACACUAACAUAUAACUCAAUUAUUUGGUGACUAUAUAUUAUAAAUUUCACUGAUAAUUUUGACUACAAACGGAGUACGCGUGAUUAUAAUUCAGGUGUAUAGUGAAUAUUAGCCUGGGAGUUAAAGUCUGUUUCUAUAAACCAUCUCGUACGUUUAUUAUAGUGCUACAUGUUUAAUACGUCACACUAAAAGUGGUGUCUUUCCAGAGGAAUGUUACGGAGGGUCAGAUGACACAGAACGGAUGUUUCCUCAAUUUAGCUACUGUUUAAUAUAGCCAUGAGCUUCAGCAGUGAUGAAAUUAACUUUCUUGUAUAUCGAUAUUUACAGGAAUCAGGUUUUGUUCAUUCUGCCUACACGUUUGGUAUAGAGAGCCACAUCAGCCAAUCCAACAUAAAUGGGGCCCUCGUGCCUCCCGCAGCUCUCCUCAACAUUAUACAGAAGGGUCUCCAGUACACGGAGGCGGAAAUCAGCAUUGGGGAGGAUGGUUCGGAAAAAGUGAUUGAAUCACUGUCACUGAUUGAUGCUGUGAUGCCUGAUGUGGUGGAGUCCCGGAAACAGGCGGCAGCCAAGGCCCACAUCAAAACAGCGGAGACGCCCAACACCAACGGGGAGGAGCCCUCCCACGCACUCACCAAUCACACAGAGACGAUGGAAGUUGAUGGCACGUUAGAAAUCCCAGGCAGCAAAGCCACUGUGCUACGUGGCCAUGAGUCCGAGGUGUUCAUUUGUGCUUGGAAUCCUGCUAAUGAUCUGUUAGCAUCUGGGUCUGGUGAUUCCACGGCGCGGAUCUGGAACAUGAACGACAACAGUAACAGUGCUAACCAGUUGGUGCUGCGUCACUGUAUCCAGAAGGGGGGCACAGAGGUCCCCAGCAACAAAGACGUCACAUCACUCGACUGGAACUGUGAAGGCACUUUGCUGGCUACAGGAUCUUAUGAUGGCUACGCCAGAAUAUGGAGCACAGACGGUCGGUUGGUGAACACACUAGGACAGCAUAAAGGUCCAAUAUUUGCUCUAAAAUGGAAUAAGAGAGGGAACUACAUCCUUAGUGCUGGGGUGGAUAAGACUACUAUUAUCUGGGACGCAAGUUCAGGGAAUUGUACACAACAGUUUUCAUUUCAUUCUGCCCCUGCGCUGGACGUAGAUUGGCAGACAAAUGCAACUUUCGCGUCCUGUUCCACUGACCAGUGUAUACAUGUGUGUCGAUUAGGGGUUGACCGGCCCAUCAAAACAUUCCAAGGCCAUACGAAUGAAGUGAAUGCCAUAAAGUGGGAUCCGCAAGGCCAGCUUUUAGCAUCAUGCUCAGACGAUAUGACUUUAAAGAUAUGGGAUAUGCAGCAUAACAAUUGUGUCCAUGAUUUACAAGCUCACAACAAAGAAAUCUACACAAUCAAAUGGAGUCCCACUGGGCCGGGAACCAACAAUCCAAAUGUUCCACUGAUUUUGUCAAGUGCGUCGUUUGAUUCCACCGUGCGCCUUUGGGAUGUGCAGCAGGGUACGUGUAUCCACACACUGACCAAGCACCAGGAACCUGUGUACAGUGUAGCGUUUAGCCCCGAUGGCAAGUUCUUAGCCAGUGGCUCCUUCGACAAGUGUGUUCAUAUAUGGAAUGUACAGAGUGGCGCUUUGGUACAGAGUUACCGGGGGACAGGUGGCAUUUUCGAAGUGUGCUGGAAUCACCGUGGGGACAAAGUGGGGGCAAGUGCCUCCGAUGGAUCAGUAUUUGUCUUGGACUUGCGGAAGUGAAACAGUGCUAUAGUAACAAGGACAUUGCUAGCUGCUACCUCGUAGUCUUUUUCAAUGGAAUGAAACAUGGAAGAGCACGGUGGGUUUCUGAAGACGGAGAAUAAUUAUCUGUAACGUUCUUCAAUCAAACUAACGCAAAUGAGACCCAGUCCAGGCCGAAGUUGUCGACUGUAAAAGACGAAGCCCACUUCCCCUGGGCCUGGUAGUGCAGCACCGUCUCGAGAGCUGUCGGCAGUUGACAACUUGUACGCAGUCUGCUCAGGCUGAAAGAGACGGAAAGCCCAACUGCAGACUGGCACAUGGAAUUGGUUUUACUAUUCCAGCAUUUGAAAGAAUGUGCUUGUGCACAGAGAGAUUAUUUGGAUUGUGAGAAAGGAUAGACAAAUCAACAGAUAUCCCUCAAGAACGAGCUUGAACAGGAAGUUUUACUGAUGAGACGACCUUGGUCUACAGGUCCGGAGAAAUCAAGUAAAAGAUCUACUCCUUAAUUCCCAGCACCAAAGAGGACACUAUUGAUCAGAGAGAAAUAUGCUCCAUUAUAAGCUAUUUUAAUCAUCAUGUGAAAAAAUAUUAAAAUCUGUUGGUGAUGACAGUAUGUACUUUCUGUAAUUUCUGAGUGACCCGAUGCGGUCCAAUUGUUUAUCAUAUCUUGCAUUCUCUAUUUAUCUGUAUGUUUGAAAAGCACACUAUUAAGGAUGUCCAAAGAUGAUUUUCCCCCCUUUGUAACAUUUCUUUGUUAUGACUCUUUCUCAUUGGGACGAUUCUACAAGAAUGUCCUGAACUCUUCAUUGAUGAGAAAGAUUCUAUUCUUUACAUGUGGAUGUCUUUUUUCAUCUUUGUGGAGGAAAAAAUCAUUUGAAUAAAAAAAUUGCGCAUCGGUUUCAGUCCCUUUUACAAGACUUCUUAAGGCUUUUCAAGUCUAUUUGGAAACAAUUUGAAAUGUGAAAGAAUUUUUUUCCAAAUAUUUCCUGAAAGGCAAUACAAAAUUUAGUGUAAGAGGGACAAGCUGACACACUGUUAGAGCUUUACUGUUGUUUCACUGCAGUAGAUGGCAGUGACCUACAUUUAGUGCUCUGUGAGGUCGAGGUCGACGCUUUCCUCCUUGUUUUUAGUUAGGUCAAUUAAGAGUCGAUUUGUUCUAUGACAAUGCUUUGUUAGUUCAAUAAUUCACAUUUUUUGAUGCCUUUUACAUUAAGUGAUUAGCGUGACAUACUAGAAGUUUCUUAUCAGAAUUCAGGACGAUACUGUACACUGGGAAAUGUUUGCUGCAGUUAAUUUUUCGCCUUUUUCACCCUUCGUAAUGAGGCAAGUUUAUCAUUACAGCGAAUAUAAGUAAACAACAUAAUUAACAUAGUAAUUAACUGUGGAAGGCGAAAUUAACACUGGGUGAAAUUGUUUUCAUGGACGAAGGGCAAAAGGUUUACUUGGCGAAAAUUUCCAGUUAUUCAGUUUCUCAUCAAAUUUGUCUUUCAUCAAUUUGGACCCACAACUGUAAUGUAAACACAAUUUUCUCCUUUAAACACAUUGUUGUCUGUAGCUAUAACUAAGCUGGUCCAUUGACACACAUUGUCGUCCGGGUGAAGCUAUAACUAAGCUGGUCCAUUGACACACAUUGUCGUCUGGGUGAAGCUAUAACUAAGCUGGUCCAUUGACACACAUCGUUGUCUGUAGCUAUAACUAAGCUGGUCCAUUGACACAUUGUUGUCUUUAGCUAUAACUAAGCUGGUCCAUUGACACACAUUGUUGUCUGUAGCUAUAACUAAGCUGGUCCAUUGACACACAUUGUUGUCUGGGUGAAGCUAUAACUAAGCUGGUCCAUUGACACACAUUGUUGUCUGUAGCUAUAACUAAGCUGGUCCAUUGACACACAUUGUCGUCUGGGUGAAGCUAUAACUAAGCUGAAGUUGAAGUUGAAGUAGAGAUCAAAUUUUGAUGUUGGUGAGGAUUCAUGUUUAACACACUAAACUCAUGUUUCAUGUUCGACAUGAUUUCUUGCAUAUUUUAUGAUAUUGCUGUAAUCUGAUUGGUAAAUGGUUUCCAGAUAUUUUUAUAAGGAAUAUUCAGAUUUCAAUGCCACUUGGUGAUAGUAAUCUAGUAGCUAUUUCAAAUCGACUCAUUCUCAAUGAUGACGAGAGAAAGAAUGUCAAAUUUUGAUGAAACAAGUUGGUGAUAUAAAAACAAUUUUUUAGAAACUGUUCAAAUCGUCUUUAGUCCAGUGUGUUGGUCCUUAAACAAUUCUUGUUAAAUUUUGAUUUUUAGUAGCAAAAAACUAAGACAACAGUCUAAUAUUUUAAGGUUGAAAUUUCAUGAAAGGGGAUUUCAAAAAAAAUCAUUAGCUAGCGUACAGAUACUCCCCCUUUCUCUAGACACAUCAGGUGACCGAUCCACUAAAUUUGAACUCAAGGUUUCCACAAGUUUCCAGAUAGAUAAAAUACUACAGACAACUGAAAUUAUAUUUCAAAGAAGAUACAUAUUUCAAGGUGAAAAAAAUUAUGAACCAUUUUUUU